AUGUCUGUGUUGGAGGAACUGAGUAAAUUAAGGACGAACGAAGCCACUGGCCUGGGCGGAUUUAGUGCUAAACUACUCAGAGAUUCCGCCUAUCUAGUUGCACCAUAUUUGACCAAACUUUUCAACCUCUCCUUACGCUGUGGCUCAUUUCCCGACAUCUGGAAGAAAGGUAGAUUUACUCCAAUUUUUAAAUCUGGAGACCCAACUUCAUCCAACAAUAACCGACCAAUCACCAUCCUACCAACAUUGAGUAAGUCACUAGAACAAACCGUCCACCAUCAAGUUUACAAUUACAUGCAGGAACGCAAGUUGCUAGCUUCCCAACAAUUCGGCUUUCGCUCCAAACUGUCAACUACCAUUGCCCUGGCACAUUUUACUAAGCAGAUACUGGAUAUUCUCGACCACAGAAAGAUUACUGGUGCCGUCUCUAUCGACCUAAGGAAAGCUUUUGAUAUCGUCGACCAUACCAUCUUACUGGAGAAAUUGAAAACAAUCGGUUUUACCUCGACCGGUUCUGUUCUCGACCGGUUCUGCUCGUAUCUAUCAAACCGGACCCAAGUAACCAUGAUCAACAGUUCAUUGUCCCAACCCAAGCCAGUAACUUUCGGAGUCCCACAGGGAAGUAUUCUUGGAGCACUUCUAUUCCUUAUUUAUAUUAACGAUCUACCUGAAUGA